CGGCUCAUCGUUGCUCGGUCGUUGGCAAAUGACCAUGACGCCCGCCAACUCGAACGAAAGCUAUUGUACCUUUACACUCGCCUUGGAUGUGACCGCAGGAGGACUUCCGUCAGAGGCUGAGAUAGCCAAAGAUUUGGAGUCGAAUGACGCCAAUGUCAAGAAGCUCGCUUUGAAAGCUGCCAUUAUGGCAAUGCUCGGUGGAGAAGCCAUGCCGCGCAUUCUCAUGCAAGUCAUUCGGUUCUGCAUUAAUUCCAACGACAAGCAGCUCAAGAAGCUCUGUAUGCUUUACUGGGAAGUCGUUCCCAAGUAUCAGGAGCCUACGUCGGAAGAGCUUUUGGCGGCAGCCUCCGGAGGUCCUUCCGUACAGCGAAAGAUGCUUCCGGAAAUGCUCCUCGUCUGUAACGCUCUCAUGAACGAUCUCAAUCAUCCCAACGAAUACGUCCGCGGAUCCAUGUUGCGAUUCUUGUGCAAAAUCAACGACGCCGAAAUCCUCGGUCCGCUCAUUCCCUCCGUCAAGUCUUGUCUCGAACACCGACAUCCCUACGUGCGCAAAAAUGCCGCGCUCGCCGUAUUCCACGCCCACAAGUUACACGGUGAAACCUUAUUGCCCGAUGGACCCGAACUCGUCGCCGCAUUUCUGGAACAAGAAACCGAUGUUGCCGCUCGUCGCAACGCAUUCUUAAUGCUCUUCAACGAAAACGAAGAUCUCGCCAUUGACUUUUUGGCUCGCAAUAUGGAUGAUGUGGGCAAAUACGGGGAUGGCUUUGCCUUGCUCGUCCUCGAACUCACGCGUCGAGUGUGUCGCAGAGACCCCUCGCAAAAAUCUCGAUUUGUCCGUGUCCUCUUCCAGAUGCUCUCCAGUACCUCCCCCGCAGUUUCCUACGAAGCCGCCUGGACCUUGGUCACGCUCAGCUCAGCGCCGACGGCGGUUCGUGCCGCUACCUUGACCUACAUCAACUUGCUGAACGGACAAAACGAUAAUAACGUCAAGUUGAUCGUUCUGGAGCGAUUGGAAGGGCUCAAAGACAAGCACUCCAAGAUUUUACAAGAACUGCUUAUGGAUGUCCUGCGGGCCCUGGCGAGUCCCAAUCCGGAUAUUUGUCAAAAGGUCUUGGCCGUGGCCAUGGACGUGGUCACGAGUCGCUCGGUCCAGGAAGUCGUCAACGUCCUCAAACGCGAAGUCCAAAAAACCGUGUCGGAAGAAGCAUCCAUCGAAGGAAAGGGUGCGAGUUAUCGCAAUAUGCUCAUCAAGGCGAUUCACGGUUGUGCCGUCCGCUUCCCACAAGUCGCCGAGUCGGUCGUCCACACACUCACCGACUUUUUGAGCACGGACAGUGGUAUGCAGGUUAUUAUCUUUGUACGCGCUAUUGUGGAACAGUACCCGGAGCUUCGGGCGCCGCUUCUAGCCAAGCUCGUCUCCACCCUGGAAGACGUCACCUCGAAUCAAGUGUUCUGCGUGUGCCUCUGGAUUUUGGGUGAGUAUUCCGAGACAGCGGACAGCAUCACCGACGCUUUCAAUACAAUUACGGAACAGGCAGGAGAACCUCCCUUUAUUCUCAAGAACGCAGAGAAGGAAGAAGCAGAAAAGGCUGCGGCCGAAGCCGAAAAGGCCGCUCCCAAAAUUGUUUCCAAAAACGUUGUUUUGGCUGACGGCACUUACGCGACGCAAACGAUCUACAGUGAAGCGAAAACUCCCGUUCACGACUCGGUCAAUUCCCUGCGUCGCAUGUUGAUUGGAGGGGAUGUUUUUCUGGGAGAGACACUGGCUUCGUCGCUGACCAAGCUUUGUUUGCGCGGUGGCCUUUGUCCCGAAAUGGACCCACUUGCUUUGAAAGCUAUGGUGGCCAAGUCCGUUCUCGUCAUGUGCGGCGUUGUCAAAAUGGCCGAAGUUACGAUCGCUGCCCAGCGCACAUCCCUAUCGGACUGUCAAGAACGUAUCACUCUUUGCUGCCGUGCCCUGAUUGAUCCCAAAGCGCAAGAACUUCUCAAACCAACUCUUCUCGAAGGUGGCCGUGCCCGUUUCGGAGAAUUUCUCAAAAUUCUAAAAGAUAAGGAAGCCAAGGAGAAUAAAAAGAAAGAGUCAGACAAGGAGAUCACAACGCAAGCCGACGACUUGAUUCACUUUCGCCAACUCAAAUCGAUGGCGGUCCAGGCCGGUGAUCUAGAUUUGGACGACGGUUCCGAUUUGGCUCGGGCUACUGGAUACGACAAUGCCGGCUCGUUGUUGAGCUCGGAGUUGAGCCACGUGUACCAGCUCAGUGGCUUUGCCGAUCCAGUCUACGCUGAAGCUUUAGUGACGGUCCACGAUUACGAUAUCGUACUGGAGAUCCUCGUUAUCAACCGAACCCCCAAUACUUUGGCUAAUUUGACGGUAGAACUUGCGACGAUGGGUGACAUGAAGAUCGUGGAACGGCCACAGGCUCACACGAUUGGCCCGCUUGAUCAAGUGACAAUUCGAGCGUCCAUCAAGGUUAGCUCUACGGAAACCGGACAUAUCUUUGGCACUAUUGUGUACGAAGACGCGGCGACACGGGAGAAAGCUUACGUCAACCUGAACGAUAUUCACAUGGAUAUUAUGGAUUACAUUCGCCCAGCUUCGUGUACCGACGAGGUUUUUCGAUCUAUGUGGGCGGAAUUCGAAUGGGAAAACAAAGUCGCCAUUUCGACCUCCAUUGCGUCCUUGUUGGGUUUUCUGAGCCACAUUGUCAAGUCCACAAAUAUGACGUGUCUCACGCCGCACGACAAGACCGAAAAGGGUUCCUUUUUGGCAGCCAAUUUAUACGCUCGAAGUGUUUUCGGAGAAGACGCAUUGGUGAACGUGUCGGUCGAAAAGAAGGACGACAAUGACGGCAAACUGGCUGGCUACAUUCGUAUUCGCAGCAAGACGCAAGGCAUAGCUUUGAGUUUGGGAGAUCGCAUUACUUCGGUCCAACGUGGCUUGCCGGAAACGGUCAAGGCACAGUAAGCAUAGAAACCGGCGGUGUAGUACGUACAGUCACGGGCAUGGAUACAUUUUAUUUUUUAAAACGUUCGUUGCGGUUAC